AUGCCGGCGUGGCCACGGGGAAGGGGGGCCUUCGACUGUCCGGUGGACAGAGGCCACGCGAUUCUCCCCCGAACGAGGAGACCGCAGGAAUCCCUCGGGUUUGGGAGCGCGUCACCCGGCUGCCCGCUUUUCCCGCCGGGCUUCCUGGGAACGGCCUGGAAAAGGUUCGAGUCCGUUAUCCCCGUGCCACCUCCGAUGGGGGAGACGGGGGGACGGGCUCCGCUCGGCUCCUCGGGGGAGGGAAGGAAGGAAGGAAAGAACGGGCACCGGGCGAGCGGGCGACAGGCACCGGGCGACGGGCACCGGACUGGCACCGGACGAGGGGGGGGCGACUCCACCACUUCCGGUUCCCCGCGCCCCGCCCCGCCCGCACAGCGCCCCCGGCGGCGGGAGGCCGCCGCACGGCCGCCCCGCCCCGCCCUCACAGCGCCCCCGGCGGCGGGAGGCCGCACGGCCGCCCCGCUCCGCCCGCACAGCGCCCCCGGCGGCGGGAAGCGGCAGGGCCUCCGCGCCUCGCUCCGCCCUCACAGCGCCCCCGGCGGCGAGAAGCGGCAGGGCCGCCUCGAUCCGCCCGCACAGCGCCCCCGGCGGCGGGAAGGGGCAGGGCCGCCCCGCUCCGCCCUCACAGCGCCCCCGGCGGCGGGAAGCGGCCCUCACAGCGCCCCCGGCGGCGGGAAGCAGCCCCGCCCCGCCCUCACAGCGCCCCCGGCGGCGGGAAGCGGCAGGGCCGCCCCGCUCCGCCCUCACAGCGCCCCCGGCGGCGGGAAGAGGCAGGGCCGCCCCGCUCCGCCCUCACAGCGCCCCCGGCGGCGGGAAGAGGCAGGGCCGCCCCGUUCCGCCCUCACAGCGCCCCCGGCGGCGGGAAGCGGCCCCGCUCCGCCCUCACAGCGCCCCCGGCGGCGGGAAGCGGCCCCGCUCCGCCCUCACAGCGCCCCCGGCGGCGGGAAGCGGCCCUCACAGCGCCCCCGGCGGCGGGAAGCAGCCCCGCCCCGCCCUCACAGCGCCCCCGGCGGCGAGAAGCGGCAGGGCCGCCUCGAUCCGCCCGCACAGCGCCCCCGGCGGCGGGAAGGGGCAGGGCCGCCCCGCUCCGCCCGCACAGCGCCCCCGGCGGCGGGAAGGGGCAGGGCCGCCCCGCUCCGCCCGCACAGCGCCCCCGGCAGCGGGAAGCGGCAGGGCCGCCCCGCUCCGCCCUCACAGCGCCCCCGGCGGCGGGAGGCCGCACGGCCGCCCCGCUCCGCCCGCACAGCGCCCCCGGCGGCGGGAGGCCGCACGGCCGCCCCGCUCCGCGCGCACAGCGCCCCCGGCGGCGGGAGGCCGCACGGCCGCCCCGCUCCGCCCUCACAGCGCCCCCGGCGGCGGGAAGAGGCAGGACCGCCCCGCUCCGCCCUCACAGCGCCCCCGGCGGCGGGAAGAGGCAGGGACGCCCCGCUCCGCCCUCACAGCGCCCCCGGCGGCGGAAAGCGGCCCCGCCCCGCCCGCACAGCGCCCCCGGCGGCGGGAAGCGGCCCCGCUCCGCCCUCACAGCGCCCCCGGCGGCGGGAGACCGCCCGGCCUCCGCGUCUCGCUCCGCCAGCACAGCGCCCCCGGCGGCGGGAUGCGGCAGGGCCGCCCCGCUCCGCCCUCACAGCGCCCCCGGCGGCGGGAAGCGGCCCCGCUCCGCCCUCACAGCGCCCCCGGCGGCGGGAAGCGGCAGGGCCGCCCCGCUCCGCCCUCACUAGCGCCCCCGGCGGCGGCAAGCCGCACGGCCUCCGCGGCUCGCUCCGCCCUCACAGCGCCCCCGGCGGGGAGAAGCAGCAGGGCCGCCCCGCUCCGCCCUCACAGCGCCCCCGGCGGCGGGAAGAGGCAGGGCCGCCCCGCUCCGCCCUCACAGCGCCCCCGGCGGCGAGAAGCGGCAGGGCCGCCCCGCUCCGCCCUCACAGCGCCCCCGGCGCGGCCCGCCACCGCACAGGCGCAGCUUUCUCGGCGGCGCCCGCCAGCCACUGCGCAGGCGCGGCCUUCUCGGGGUCGCCCGCCACCGCGCAGGCGCGGCCUUCUCGGCGGCGCCCGCAGCUGCCCGCCAGCCACUGCGGAGGCGCGGCCUUCUCGGGGGCGCCCGCCACCGCGCAGGCGCGGCCUUCUCGGCGGCACCCGCAGCUGCCCGCCAGCCACUGCGCAGGCGCGGCUUUCUCGGCGGCGCCCGCGCUCCCUCCACCGCGCAGGCGCUGUUUCCUCGGCGGGGCCCGCCGCUGCCGCUGCGCAGGCGCGGCCCCCGCAAAAGGCGGGGCGGGGGAGAGGGGGGCGGCCCCGACGUUGCGCGGCGUGCGUCAUGACGUAGGUCGCCGCCCCCUCGCUCUGUGGCUGGCGGGGUGGGUGGGCCGCCCCCUCGUGGUGCGAGUCGGCACUGCGGGCCGGAGAGGAGCUUGA